CGGAGUUAAGUGUGGGACGACCACUCUCAAGCGUCCUUCGCCGAGGACCGUUCUGUGGGGGUACACACCACCCUUCCUCCUGUGUUGAUCCCUCGUGUCAAGGGGCCAGCACCUCCCCGUCCAUGUGUAGUGAGUCGCGGGGAGAAUGGUGAACCUCGUGUCAUGAUUGGGGCAGAUGCUCGCUCCGACCUGGCUAGCUCUCAGCAGGCAUUCGUCGACCUGUUGGACCAGCCAGCUCCUGCUGCAGCAUUGGACAGAACCAGCAGGAGGGAGAGCAUAGCAGCUGCUUCAGUCCACAGCAGUGCCAGGAUCAACCGGUCUAGAUCACACUCACGGGAGCAUCUGGCGAAUGCCUUCCUGCAUCAGCUGCAUCCACAGCCCCAUAUGGACUCCAACAGGUCUCACUCCACGGACAGGCUCCACCACAGCAACCACGACCUCUCUACAGAUAGACUCCACCACAACGCCCACAGCCACUCCACGGACAGGCUCCAUCACAGCAACCACGAUAAUUCCACGGACAGGCUCCACCACCACAGCAACCACGACCUCAACUCAGAGUUUGGGGUCAACUUUUCCUUUAGAGGAGAUGGUGAACGGUGAGUAGAUGGAGAUCAUGU